AUGGCUGGAAAGCGCAAGAACGCCGCCGCCGCCCGCGGCGUCUCCCCCUCACCCUCCGGUACAGCCUCGACAACAUCAGCGUCAGCAGCAACAGUGACAACCAAAGUCGCGCCCAAAGAAUCUGCUCCUCCCAUUGCCACGACAACCAAUGUCUUUGCUACCAGCACUCAAAUUGAGCCUACCACGACUACCACUUCUACUUCGACCUCGACAACCCCAAAAAGCUCCGGUGCUAGCAAGAGCAGCAGCAGCAGCAUUGUCGACAAGGGCGCACUCCCACAAGCAUGGAACAAAGUGUUCAGCAACCUCCUGACACACUACCAGGACACGACGCCGCAGCGGACCAAGCUGCUUGAUGCGUUCAUGGCGUUCCUGGUGGUGGUGGGCGGGUUGCAGUUUUUGUAUUGUGUUUUGGCUGGGAAUUAUCCCUUCAACGCCUUCCUCUCGGGCUUCUCAGCAACAGUCGGCCAAUUCGUCCUGACGGCCUCGCUACGGAUCCAGACGACCGAGGCGAACAAGGGUGAUUUCCCUUCGGUGUCGCCCGAACGAGCUUUCGCCGAUUACCUGGUCUGCAGUUUGAUUCUGCAUUUCUUCUGCGUCAACUUUAUCAACUAA